AUGAAACUUCUAUUAUAUACACUUUUCCUGGCCCCCCUUGCGCACGGUUGGACCUUUCGUUACACGAAUUCUACAAGCGACACUACCAUUCUCGAAGAAACUGGGUCAAGGAAUUGCACCAAAAUCCAGUUAGCGAAGAAUAAACUCUUCAGUUGGGACCCUGAGGGAAGUAACGAAUGCAUUUCUAUUUACUACGACGACAACUGUGAGACAAGUGGAGGUUAUUCCUGUGGCUUUUGGAAGAAGACUGCCAGUCACGACUUUGGCAGUAUCGAUGUCUCUACCAGUAAUAAAGCGGCAAGUGUUUCGGUUAUCACCACUACUGAGACGGCCACGUCAACCUCUUCCUCUUCUACGACCUCAACCACCGGCACACCCUCAGCAGCCUCAACAACAUCGACUCCUUCAGCCUCAUCCGGGACAGGGAGUACUGCAGCCACUACUGAUGGCGCUUCCUCAGGCUCAACGCUAUCCGGCGGUGCAAUCGCUGGUAUCGUAGUCGGAGUAGUUGCUGGCAUCCUGGCCAUCGCAGGUCUUUUCUUCAUCCUCCGGCGACGCAAUCGCAAGAAUGCCGUCACUGCCAAUCCACAAUCCGACCCUUCACUUCAAGGCCCCUAUGGGCGUCAGGCCUCUGUUCCAGAGACAAUAACAACUUUCGGACCCUCAUCUACAUCCACCGCUCAGCCUGUUGAGAAAUCAGCAGAUUCGGCACCCCGCGUCUUUGAAAUGCCCUCGCGCAGCCCCCCUGUCGAGUUGGUCAGCACUCCUAUCAAUGAGAUGGAUGGCCAGUCAGGAAAAGGAUACUUUCCUCCAAAGUGA